CAACCGACCGUGAUCCAAAAGAAAGUUCUCUCAUUGACUCACAUAUCAAUGAACACAGAUCUUUGAUUGUCAGACGGUGACAUCGAGUUCCGAGUUGCAGCGGGUGAUUUGGGCAUGUCACGUGCACGUGGCCAGCCGUAUUUGGCGGUGGCCCCGUUGGACUGGCAAGUCGUUGACGAUGGCCCCCUCGAGCUCUCCGCAUGUCCCUGGGGUGUUCUCAGCGUCCAAAGCCAAUGACAUUCCCGACUGCAUCAAGCCCUACAAAAACGAGGCCCUCAUCCGUCUUCGCAAUUCUACCGUUGGCUUGGUCGCGCUGGUCGUGACCACACAUAUUUUACCUCUUCCUUCGUUGUGGACGGCUGCCAAUGUCGUGCGUGAUCGUGGACAAAGCGAUAUAGGGUUUUUGUGGGGAGUUUGCGCUACCGAAUUAGGUUUCUUAGCCCUUCUGAUUCUGAACACCGCCCAAGCUGCCUACGCGCUAAGAUACCCCCGAAAACCACACUCCACACAUGUUUCUCCUGCAAAAGCCCUGCAAGUUACGCCUCAGAGUCAGAAAAAGCGACGUUCAAUUUUAUCGCCUGCUUCAAGUAUGGGUCCCCGAGCCCCCCAGCGCACAUCCUCCUUAUACACCUCUUCACCACUCUCGACACCUUCGCGUACGCUCUACUAUUCUAUGCCCAGCACACCCUCGCCAUUCAAUGCGUCACUGACCUCCUCAACGAGUUCAAUGCCACCGACGCCGUCGCCGUCGUUGGGGGCGUACCAUGCGAGACAUGGAGAUUCGCCAGGGCAACCGUUCGAUGGGCUGACGUUGAGCAAGCUCACGGAUGCUCAGAGUGACGAGGAAGAUUGAAUUGUAGAUGAUCAAGGGACGAACUGGAUGGUUCGUGUCGGAUUGUCGCUGUCGUCGAUGGCUGCUUUUUUUUUCCUGUUCGUGUUGCUUUUUGUGCAUUUACGGGUUCGUGCACUUACUGUAACUAAUGGCUAUAUACACAUAUGAGCAUGUUUCAAUAUCUGAAUGGG